AAACGAAUUUAAAAUAGACUGUGAAAAUAGAAUAAUUUUUAUGUUACGUACGCAUUAUUUUAACAUCUUUAAGAGUAGUUGUUUAUAUUUACGUAUAUUCAGUUUAACAAUAUGUCAGAUGUAGAAGUUGAAACUCCAACUACCUUUAAGAAAAGAAACAUCAAGAAUAGAGGUGGAAGGAAACGUAAAACAUCAAGUUCUGAAGAAAAGAAUAGUUCAGAUUCAGAUGAACAAACUGUAGUGUUGCCAACAAAGAGGCCACAAAAGCCCAACCCUAACAUACAGUCUACGGGAGGACCAAAACGACAAAAGCCAGAGCUAGAAGACAGUGAUAGCAACAAUGAUGAGGAUAAGAUCUCCGAGUCCCGUACAACAUUAUCUGUGCAACAGCAACGUGAGAAUGCAACCGCAACAUAUGAAUUAGAUACCGAAAGAGAUAAAGAUGCACAGGCGAUAUUUGAAAAGGCGCAAAAAAUUAAUGAGGAAUUGCAAGGACAAGCUGACGAUAAGGUAUACCGUGGGAUCAAUAAUUACGCUCAAUAUUAUAAGAAACGUGAUACAGCUGCAGGUAAUGCUAGCUCCGGACUUGUUAGGAAAGGACCCAUCAGAGCUCCGGCUAACUUGAGGGCUACUGUCAGAUGGGAUUAUCAGCCAGAUAUCUGUAAAGACUACAAGGAGACUGGUUUCUGUGGUUUCGGAGACUCGUGCAAGUUUUUGCACGAUCGUUCGGAUUACAAGCACGGCUGGCAAUUGGAGAGGGAGGAAUUAGAAGGGGGUGGGGUGAAGGAGGGGGGAGAUGACUCCGACUACGAGAUACACAGCGAUGAUGAACUACCCUUCAAAUGUUUUAUAUGCAGAGAACCUUUCACUGAUCCUGUUGUUACGAAAUGUAAACAUUACUUUUGUGAGAAAUGCGCGUUAGAAAACUUCAAAAAAUCGUCUCGUUGUUACAUUUGCAACACUCAGACGAGUGGCGUCUUCAACCCGGCUAAAGAACUGGAGGCAAAAAUGAAGAGACGAGAAGAACAAAGUGAUGAUGAUGAUGAAGAUGAUUAAAAAAAUGAUAUCUAGUAU